UUGCUGAAACACAUAUACUAACCUUAACUUACAAGAACGCGGAGCUGUUUUCAUUUCAUCUUGAGGUAAUCCUUGGAGCGGUUACAAUAAAAAGCUGGCUGCCAUGGACCAGAUGAAUCAUAGUGAUCCAGCGUGUCCCUUUUGUCCAUUUUCUGAUCCGGACAUUAGCCGUGUUGUAGAGCAUGUGGAUGUUUAUCACCCUGAAGUGGAUACUCAGGCUGAGCAUAGCAGACGGCCGGCAAAUGCACCUUCAACUGGAACAGGAGAAUGUCCAGGAGAUUAUGCCGAGUGUCCGCACGGCUGUGGGGAAAUAGUACUCGACACUGAACUCGCCGCCCACCUCGACUUGCAUUUUGCGGAAACAGUUGCCUUUGAAGACAUAUCUUCACACCAGCCAGAGUUGCCUGUUGACGUGGAGAGUCCAGUGUCAAGCCACGAUUCAGAGAGACGGGAACGGUUGAAAGAGCGCACUCCCGGGCUGCUACCCAAUGAAGAUAGAACGCCUUCGCCGUGGUCAUUGGUCGGCGGCACAAAAACACCGCACAGAGAGACAGCUAAGCGGCUUGGACGUACGGAGUUAGGGCCUCAUGCUCACGAAAAGCAGAUGCCAUCAUGGCUGCGAAGAAUGUUAGAGAGGGGUUCUAUGUCAAUCUUCACAAACACAAUUGCCUCAGACGGCACGCUUCGGAGGCGCGAAGCUGUCGAAAACGAGACGCGCGAUGUCAUCCCGGUGCUCGCUCGGUUGUGUGAGCAGGACAAAUCCGUCCAACGUGCUUUUUUCUGCAGCCCAAAGGUCCAUCAGAUCUCCAAGAUCCCCAAAGAAGGAGGAUUUUGCGGCUAUAGGAACAUCCAAAUGCUAAUCACCUUUUUGAAAGAAACCCAACUUCCGGGGCAUGAGCGCUUCCCAACGGAACUACCCACGAUCUUCCAACUACAAGAUAUGAUCGAAGAUGCGUGGGACAAGGGUUUCAAUAGUGUAGGGAGGGUCGAAACAGGAGGUAUCCGAGGAACUAGGAAGUACAUUGGCACGCCAGAGGCACAAGCCCUGUUCUCGAGUCUCGGCAUACAGUGCGAAGCAAACAGCAUUGGUGCCUCGAAGGAAGUGCGUGCACAUGACGCAUUAUAUAUGAAUGUUGCGGCUUAUUUUCGAGAAUCAUGUGUUUUGGAGGAAGGGAAAAAAGUCAUGCAGACGAACUUGCCCCCCAUUUACUUCCAGCACCAGGGACAUUCCAUGACCAUUAUCGGCUUCGAAAUACGUGACGGUGGUAGCGCAGACAUACUAGUUUUCGAUCCUAUGUUCCGAACACCCCCAGCAGUGAAGCGCCUUAGGGGGGCACAAGCACUGACGUCGGACCCUGCACGCGUAUUGAAGGCAUACAGACGAGGCACAGCAUAUUUGCAGAAGUACAAGGCAUUUGAGCUUCUAAAACUAAAAUAUUCCGCCAAUUCGUCUAGCAAAUAGCACUGCAAACUAGCGCGGCAUGACAUCAAGCCGCAAAACAGCAACAGUUCUUUGGCCUUCCAGUGUGAAGCGCACAUCACGACAUGCCUAGUUUGCCAUUUCCCACUAUCAUGAGCAUGGGCAUGACUCGUCAGGUAGCCGCUAUACGUCAGCUCAACAAGUAGCAUCAUGCUCAAGAGGAAAGUUACCAGGUUUAAGUUUUCACGUGCAUUGUACCACAUUGGUUACAUAUGAGCUAGCACUUUC